AACGCAUUGACAGCUCUCCUCCAUUCCGUCAGUCUGAUACUCGGAUGGAGAUAAGCGGCACCAAACAUCUCUGCGCACUGUUGUCUUUCUAAAGUUGUUUAAAGCUUCAAGGGCGGAAAAAAAGCGAGCUUCUUUCUCAGCCUCCUCCCCCUCUGUGCCAGCACAUCUUUCCUCUGAGGGAAAGGGGUAGUGUGUGCGAGCUGCAGCGGAGGAAAGCUGGUUUACAGCAGCAUAGAAGCUUCCUGACAAAUCUCAUCUCUUCAAACUGCUGACUGACAAAGACAUCAUCCUAAAGGAUUCCUGGAAGCUGUUUGGAUAUUUCAUUGGAGGUCAGAUAGUAACCCACAAACAUGUCGCCGUUUUUGAGGAUUGGUUUCUCCAACUUUGAAAUCGAUCCUGGUCUGGCUUAUUAUGAGGAGGUGCUGAACCCGUACUGUGCUGUGUACAUGAAGGAGGCCAUUGAAACAGAGAAGGGCCAAGUGUACAAGCAGAAGAAGCCCACCAUGUAUCCGCCCUGGAGCACCACAUUCGAUGCCCACGUCCACCGAGGGCGCAUCAUGCACGUGAUGGUGAAGGACCGAACGGCGGAGCUCAAGUCUGAGGCAACGGUGCCUUUAGACUCGCUGGCGACACGCUGCAAGAAGGAGAACGGCAAGCUGGAGAUUUGGCUGGAACUGAAGCCACAGGGUCGCCUGCUGAUGGAGGCCAAAUACUACCUGGAGAAAAGUGAUGCUGCAGGUCAGACUGAGGCAGGCCCAGAGUCUGAGCGGGAGAGGGAAGGCCUGUUCACCCUCCAUCAGCGACGUGGUGCCAUCAAACAGGCCAAAGUUCAUGUUGUCAAAUGUCACGAGUUCAGUGCCACCUUCUUUCCUCAGCCGACCUUCUGCUCUGUCUGCAAAGAGUUUGUCUGGGGUCUAAACAAGCAGGGCUACCAAUGCAGACAGUGUAAUGCAGCUAUCCACAAAAAAUGCAUAGACAAAGUUAUCGCCAAGUGCACUGGUUCUGCUAUAAACAGCAAAGAGACAAUGAUCCACAAGGAGCGAUUCAAGAUUGACAUGCCCCACAGGUUUAAAGUCUACAACUACAAAAGUCCCACCUUCUGUGAACACUGCGGGACUCUGCUGUGGGGGCUCGCCAAGCAGGGGCUCAAAUGUGAGGAAUGUGGCAUGAACGUCCACCACAAAUGCCAGAAGAAAGUAGCCAACCUCUGCGGCGUCAACCAAAAGCUGAUGGCAGAAGCUCUAGCCAUCAUCGGGACCAAACAGCAGGCAAAGGGCAGCAGAGAGUCGGACAUUAUUGGUCGAGAAGGUCCGGUUGGUGUUGGCCAGGCAGGAGUGGUCCGAGCUCCCUCUGGGUUAAUAAUGGGUUUACCUGCCACAGCAAUACCUGCAAACAAAGAUUUACCGGGUGUUUCAUGGGAGGGACCGUCAGAUGUCCACAAGACAGCCACCGAGGUGGUACCAGAGGAGCCUCUGUAUGCCGUUCCAAGGAAGGAUCAUCAACCCAAAUUUACCGUUGAGGACUUUACUCUGCACAAGAUGCUCGGGAAAGGCAGCUUCGGAAAGGUGUUUCUGGCGGAGCUAAAAAAGAGCGGACAGUUUUUCGCUGUGAAGGCUUUGAAGAAAGACGUGGUCCUGAUGGACGACGAUGUCGAGUGCACCAUGGUGGAGAGGAGAGUUCUGUCUCUAGCCUGGGAGAAUCCUUUCCUCACGCACCUUUACUGCACCUUCCAGACCAAGGAAAACCUCUUCUUUGUUAUGGAGUAUUUGAAUGGAGGCGACCUCAUGUUCCACAUCCAAAACUGCCACAAGUUUGACUUGCACAGAGCCACCUUCUAUGCAGCUGAGAUCAUCUGUGGGCUCCAGUUCCUGCACUCUAAAGGAAUUAUUUACAGAGAUCUGAAGCUUGACAAUGUGCUGCUGGAUUCAGAUGGUCACAUAAAGAUAGCAGACUUUGGUAUGUGUAAGGAGAACAUGCCAGAGGACUCACGGACCUCCACCUUCUGUGGAACCCCUGACUACAUCGCCCCUGAGAUCCUGUUGGGUCAGAAGUACAACAGCUCAGUGGACUGGUGGUCGUUUGGAGUGCUGCUGUAUGAGAUGCUGAUCGGUCAGUCUCCGUUCCACGGCCGCGAUGAAGAGGAGCUGUUUCAGUCCAUACGCACAGACAACCCUGUUUAUCCCACCUGGCUCACCAAAACAGCCAAAGACAUACUAAUCAAGCUGUUUGUAAGGGAACCCGAGGAGCGGCUGGGAGUGAAGGGAAACAUCAGACAGCACAGUUUCUUCAACAGCUUCGACUGGAACGCCCUGGAGCAACGGCAGGUGACGCCGCCCUUCAAACCAACCCUGACGUCACCAGGCGACUACAGCAACUUUGACAAAGAGUUCAUUAACGAGAAGCCGAGACUAUCGUGCGCUGACCGCACCCUUAUCAACAGCGUGGACCAGACCAUGUUCAGAAACUUCUCCUUCGUUAACCCCGGGAUGGCUCGCAUUGCAGCACGCUGACCAACAACCUCCGAACAAGCUGCUUGACAACCAGCAUCGACUGGAAGUCAAACAAAUUGCACAGACUUUAAACUGUGAAUGUCACAUAACCUAUCUGUAUAUCAGUAUAAUUAUCAUUAUCUGUAUAAUGACUAUGGUAACCACUAAGAGGAUGUGCUGGGUAGAAGGCAUGUGUAACACAGCUGAGAUAUUUAACCUCAAAGGAAAGCAACGAACAAAAAUUAAACAGUGAGAAUAAAUACUGAAUAAUAAAACUUUAGAAAAUUAAGUGUACUUGAAGCAUAAAGUGUAUUUGUAUGCUACUGUUUUUUCUUUAUAUGGUAACAACCAACAAAUUUCACACCUGUCUACAUACUUAGAAAAGAUGUCAAAUUUCCAACCUCAUCUGGCUUCAUUAAGUUUAGAAAUACAUGAACGUAUGGUACCUCGUAUAUUAAAAGAUUUCCUACCUUCAAGUAAAUCAAAUUAAGUUUUGGUUUAACUGAAAAACUGAUGUUUAAGUACAUUAUAUGUGUAAAUAACUGUAAUUUCAUUCUGUGGAUAUCCUGUACUGUAGUCUGCUCUGUUAAUGUUUACAUAUAUUUUAGUUUAGUUUCUCAGGCUGAUGCUAUGAAGUGGAUCAGUAGAUCCUGGAUAUUGUCCUUUUAAUCCUCACCUUUAUUUUUCAUCCUGUAAAAUAAAGUGUAUGUGUUU